AUGAGUGAAUCCAAUAACAACACUGUCACCACUAGCAGCUCGUGGGCUGAUCUGGACGAUGAAGAAGAUGGUAAAGUGGAAUUCAAAGGAUUAAAUCCAUCAGCAAAUUCAUUCAACCCUUCUUCUACAUCCUCUUCAUCAUCCUUCAAGCCAACUUCCACUUCUGCGAAUCAACAAGAAAAGGACGACGCACCUGUCGCAUCUUUGUUGUCUCGAAUAUCAGGAUUAACAACCAACCCUACUCCCACUCCUGAAUCGAACCCUCCUGCUUCAGGUCCAACAGAACCUUCUUCUUCAUCAUCUUCAGUAUCGUCUACAAGACCGAAACCAAACACGUCAAGUGCAUUAUUUGGUAAAGCUCUAGCUGGAGUAAAAUCGGAUCGUCCGUCUCAUCCUUCACCUCCACCUGCCCCUGCAUCAACUGCUACGACGGCUCCAAGUAGUGCUAAAACCCCAGUCGAACUUAUAAAUAACGACUCGGAUAAGAAGGAAAGCAAGAUGAGCGGAUUCAAUGAUGGUGGAUGGGAAGGCAAUACUCAAGGUGCAAACGGAAAUGGUCAUGAGGAUAAGAAAGAUGCUUUGACUGAUGCAAGCAUGUCAGAAGGUGGAUUGAUCUCGAACGAUUUCCAAGUUGAAGUAAAAUUGGCAGAUUUGCAAGCCGAUCCUGAUUCCGCUUUGUAUUCUGCUAAAACUUUUGAAGCUCUUAAUCUUCACGAAGAUUUGAUGAAAGGAAUCUACUCUGUUGGAUUCAAGAAACCUUCCAAAAUCCAAGAAAAGGCUUUACCAUUAUUGCUUUCCAAUCCCCCCCAAAAUCUUAUUGGUCAAAGUCAGUCAGGUACUGGUAAAACCGCAGCUUUCACUCUUAAUAUGCUCAGUAGAGUCGAUCCUGGUUUGCUUACUCCUCAAGCGAUCUGUUUGGCACCUUCCCGAGAACUCGCUCGUCAGAUUCAAGAGGUGGUAGAUAAAAUCGGCCAAUUCACACAAAUCACGACUCAUUUGGCAGUGCCUAAAUCUUGGGCAAGGGGUAAACGAAUCGACAAACAUAUCUUGAUCGGUACACCGGGUACUUUGGUUGACAUGUUAUCCAUGGGCAAAAGGAUCUUCGAUCCAGCACAGAUCAGAGUAUUCGUCCUCGAUGAAGCGGAUGAGAUGAUUGCUCUUCAAGGCUUGGGAGACCAAACUGUAAGAAUCAAGAAGAUGCUUCCUGCCGGAGUGCAGAACGUCUUAUUCUCAGCCACGUUUACCGAAGAGGUUCAACACUUCGCUCAAUCAUUCGCCCCCGAAGCAAAUCAGCUUUUCCUCAAAAAAGGAGAAGUCACCGUUGAUGCGAUCAAACAACUUUACUUGGAAUGUGAUGGAGAAGAGUCGAAAUAUGAUGCUUUAUCCGCUCUAUACGACUGUAUGAGUAUUGGGCAGAGUAUAGUAUUCUGUAAAACGAAAGCCACAGCCGAUGGAAUUGCGGACAGACUUACAAAGGAAGGACAUCAAGUAGCAUCCCUACAUGGUGAUAAGAUGUCCAACGAACGUGAUGACAUUUUAGAUGGAUUCAGAAAUGCCAAAACAAAGGUUCUGAUCACUACCAAUGUAGUAGCUAGAGGGAUAGAUAUACAACAAGUAAAUAUGGUCGUCAAUUAUGAUGUCCCUGAAUUGAACAGAGAUCAAGAUUAUAGACCUGAUAUUGAGACUUAUAUACAUCGAAUUGGUCGGACCGGUCGAUUUGGUCGAAAAGGAUGUUCAGUGAUCUUCGUUCACGAUGACAAAUCAAGGGAUGACGUGAAUUACAUCAUGGAACAGUUGGGUAAACCAAUGCAGAAGAUCAACGCUAGAAGUGAGAAAGAUUUGGACCAGUUGGAAAAGGCACUCAAGGCUGCCAUGAAAGGACCCAAUUAG